AUUUUCAAAAGAUCGUCCAUCGAUGGACCCCUGGAGGGGAAUCCCCAUUUCUAACUCUUCAGUCUUCUGUGUUCAUAUAUAGUCGUUCGCCUGUUUGUUUAUCGGUUGAUGGCACAGAAUAGAAUUCAAUAGGGCAGCUGAAAAAUUGUAAGGUGUUGAAAAAAGAUACACUAGAUAACGUGAUCUGUCAUUUAUUUUAAGUUGAAGACCUUUGGAAUGUUGACCACUGCCCCAUCUGAUUUAGACAUUAGAUACUAGUCUAGAUGAGGGAUUUAAAUUAUAAUAUUCCUGAGGAUAUUUGUACGCGGCAGCUGGCACUAGAUAUCUAGAUUUCUAGCUAGAUCUUCUGUUCAUGGGCUUGGUGGAAUCCGGAAGUUGGGAUGAAAUCAUGCUAGAAUCUAGAUCUACAUCAACAUCUCUAGAUCUAGAUCAACAUCUUCUAGGUCUAGUUUGAGAUCUCUAGAUUCUAGAUCUAGAUCUAUAUCUAGGUUGAGAUCUAAGAGCUGUGGAUGAAGCAAAAAUAUGAAGACUAGGGCUUGGACUAGAUGUGGAUCUAGAUCUGACGUCUAAUUAAUUUGUUUGUUAUUCGAGAAGGAUUGUGUUUCACUCUGUGAUGUGUUCCUGGCUAAAAACUUGAAAGAGUGUAGCACAGAGCCAUGACUUCCUUUGGGCUGAUACUUUUGACCUUUUGUCAAGCCACAGUCUGGGUAUAUGGAAUUAAUGGACUCGCUCUGAUUUCGGUGAAGCGACAUUUGCCUCAAGGUGCUCCUGGAUGGGAACCUGCUGGAACAUCGGAAUGGAGGAAAAUCAAGAGGGAAAAUUUGUUGGCAGAGACAAAGAGAGAGUCGCUUUUCCCCGAUACUCAAGUUCUUCAUAGGAAUGGAAAGUCUUCAAAUUUAUCAGCAUUGCUUUUCCGAAGUGAUGGCAGAGAAAUAAAAUGUGCUGAUGGAUUUUUCUUAAGAGAAAACUUAUGUUGUGCUUGCGACUGGUGUAGUUCUGUUCAUCUUGUCGUAUGGAACUGUUCAACAAAAAGAAAUGCUGCUUGUGUGAAAGCUGUACCUCAGUCCACUGAAUGCAGAGAACUAUUACAGAAGGCACAAGAACAGUCCUCUUUUGACCGAUUGUGGCAGUUACUGACGACAUACAUGAAGGAUAUCAUCAGCUGCUUUCCCGAACUGCUACCAACAAUGCUUGAGAUUGGCGGCCAUGAAGUUACAAAGGAAAAUGUCAUAAGAAAAAGAGAUAACAGACGAUGGCCGAAUAAGGCAAAGCGACCAGUCAUACAGAACUCAACAGUCCCAAUGGUAUUUGCCACAAAUGGCUACAAUGGAGUGGAAGACGAAAUGGCAGUGGCAGGGGGAAUGGAAGAAGCGGGUUUUGUGCCAAGGGGUCACUUUGCUUCAGAUAAAGACAAAAGCAUGAUAACCAGUUUCAAUGACCCUGUUCCUGGCUUAGAGCAUGCUGAAGGAUCCUCAGACUCAGGAAGUGGCACUGCAUCAUGGGUUUACAUCACAAUUGGAGUUGCUGUGGUACUGCUGUGUAUCAGUACGUUUGUCCUGACAUUGCUGUAUCGGAAGAGACAGUCUAUCGAAAGGUCAAGGAACAUCAACAAACCCCCACCCACUGGAGCUGUAAACCCAUCUUUAUAUGACACAACGAACUCACGGUCUACAGACAGAGGGACAGAGAAGUCAAAGUCCACAGUGUCCACUAUUCUGAGUGGAGACUCAUUUGAUGUGCGAGGUGAUUGUUGUGAAGUGGAGCUGUACGAAAUGUCAGAGCAAGCUCGCCGAGAGAGAUACGUGAAAUCUGAUGUUGCAGUGACAGCAGCAUGUGAUGAGUUAUGUUCACUUUCUGCACCACCACGCGUUAAAGUGAUCAACACUUCAAGGACUUUGCCAGAGCCAAAUGUCUCUAGUGGUUCAUUGUUGAGGUCAUGCAUUACUGCUGAUGGUGCUGACUCGGACACUGACAGUGGAGUCACAUCAAAGAGGAGCUUCUUCAGCAUGCUCAGAGAUGAUGAGAACAAACUGAGAGGAGGGAAUGGAGAUUUUCAUAGAAAGUAUGUGGAUGUUGAUUAUGUGCUCACGGAGGACCGCUUGAGGAACAGGCCUGGGCGUGGGAAAGAAACUCAGUACCGCAAACAUUGUCCUACCAGUAUCAGUCACUCAAGCACCUCCUCGAGACAUCGCAGCAGAAAUGAAAGCAAUGCGAGCUCCUCUGCUUCACAUCACUCGGCGCGCAGCAUUAUAAGCAUCCCUCCUACAUCCCCAUCGGAGAACUACGUGGAAGCGGCAUCGGACGACUCCUCGCUGUGGUCUCAGCGCAGCUCUCCGCCCACCACCACCACCACGGAGUGGCUCACAAAGAGCAUUAAGACGAGCCCCAAGAACGAGCUUGGCAGUUACCAGUCCAGCAUUGAGACACAGACAGAGGACAGCGUCUCCUCCCCAGGCUGCAAAACAGUAUUUGGCAGCUCAUGGCAGUUUGGCGGGUCUUUCACAAGCAGAGGUGGUGUCAUGCAGGCAAAUGGCUCUGAUGUGUCUCUGGUAGUUGUUGCUAAUGCCAUUCCUAAGAGCAGAUACGUGGAUAUCUAUGGGGCUGUUUUCACAGAUGUGUCUGAGAUCAGGAGGAAGUUUGAACUGCCAUCUGGAGAGAGCCUGAUCAGUCCAGUUGUGGAGUAUCAUGCAGCAAUGUCUGAGGCCUUCAACAGAUUUGUGUGUGUGCAGCUACCUCAUUCUCUGCCGGAUGAGUUUGACAUCAAUGCUGUGAAGGUGUACACCUUCAGUGUUGGCGAAAGAGGUCGUGUGUCGGUCCACUGCCUCAAACAUAAGUCAAAGUCGAAUGAGUUUAGGGAUGAUGCAUACUGGGAGAAAGGUGUCGAUGGCACAGUUGAUAUCAGCACAACACACUUCAGUGGAUAUUUCUGCACCACGUGUGAAACGUCAAGUCUUCCAUCUAUCUGUGCGAUGGUGUUUGGUUCUCAUGUACAGAUCACUAAGACUCGACGUGAAGUUCGGGUUUUUCUCUAUAUCUGGGACCGGAAGCUCACAAUAAAAGACUAUUUGGAGAGGUUCAUGAAACAGGAGUCUGAGGUGGAUCGCCAGCUGCUGACAGACAUGCAGAUUCCUUUGCUGGAUGAUGCAUCCUCUAACAGUCGCCUCCUCAUGAGAAUGCAACAAAUGGGAGAAGAGAACGAUCGCUUGUGUUGGCGUCAUGUUAUGAGGCCUGAUGGGAGUAGGCCUCUGUUCAAACCCUUGCAGGUUCGCAAGUUGAAUGAGAUCGUGCAUUGCUGUCGGCAAACAGAUCCUAUCCGAGUGGAGUGGGCUCUGGAGAAUGUUCCAAACCAGGUCCCUAGCAGCGUGUUCCAGUGUUGUUUUGACAUCAUGCACGUGCACGAGUCGACACGGGACUACGAGACAGCCCUCCACGAGGACAGCGAUGAUCUCAUGAGAACAUUCUACGUCCGCUACCUGGAAGUCAGCCCAGUGGCUGGGCAGGUGACCACUCAUGAAGCCCCCAACGUCCGCCGUGGUGACUUGAAGAGAACGUUGUCACAGCUCAUGGACGUUGGUCAGACAGAACAGAUGUGUAAAGAGUUUGGCAUUCCAGGCAAGGACCUUGGAAACUUCAGGAAAAAAUAUUCUUCGGAAGAAAAAAUCCAGAUGGGACUGGUGGAUGAAUGCUUGAAAAGAUAUGGCCACGAUACAUUUAUCAGACAGCUCCCAGCAGUCCUACAAAAACUUCAACUCUUCCAUGUUCUGAGUCAGCUGGAGAGUAAUAAAAUUGUGGUUGAUGAUCUAGCUAAAUUUGAAGGCAUACCAAAGGUUAAUAAUGAAGAUCCAAGGGCCAAUAAUACACAAGCAAAAGUUAGUAAUAUGCAGCAUAAUGCUGUACCUAAGUCCGGCGUAGAAAAUGUGAGGCCAAAGAGUCUUGUCAGUGUUGAUGAAGACACAAGGCCCAAGUCUCUCUACCAUGAAACCUCUUCUGAAGCGGAGAGGCAUCACAGAAACAGGUCCAAGUCCCCCGCCUCACAGAGGCCUCGCUCAACACGAGGGAGGUCUGUUUCUCCACACCGUCGAGGCAGCAGACAGGAGAACCCCAAUGGCUACAACAGCAGACAGAACUCUUGUGAGAGAAGACUGUCUCGAGAGCGAGUGUCUCAGCGAAGUGAUGAAGUUUUCGUCCAAAGUGAAAUGCAUCCUCAAAGUUAUUCUAAGCAUAGACGUAAUUCAUUACCUUCAGGACGAAAGCGUGACUCACCUCCACCAGAUUAUCAUGAUGAAGAGGAAGAUUUUCACCUGAGACAACAUCCUUAUUCAGACCAUGGUGCUUCUGAAGAAGAACAGCCCCUUAAUCCGAAAAAGUCUUCCAGUAGUGGUUCAGACUCAUUCCUCCGAGGUGGAUCGAUAACCUCACCAGAUUACGUGUCACAACCUCUUAGUUUCCCAUCGAGGUCCACGGAGGGUUAUAGCGUCAUAGCCCAAGCUGGCUCAAGGGAGUGGGAUAAUGUUUCUGAUGAUGAUGAGUUUAGCCAGACUUACAAGAAAGAACUUGCCGUGCAACAAGAGAUGAGAACACCGUACUAUCCUCAGGCCGCCCAAAGUGCUUACCCUGAGGUCACAGAGGAACUGUUACCAUCUAGUAGUGGACCUUCAGCAUUCCCGGACGGUGGUCAUGCUCGCAGAGAAAGGUCCUCCUCCAGGAACAAGUCUAGGAACAGGUCAGUUUCUCCAGGGCACGAGCAGACCAGCAAGAAGGAGCUCUAUGGUGUGCAAACUGUUGUUUAGUUAGUGCAGCAAUGCUUUGUGCAGAAUGUCUCUGUGUUUCUCUGUCUCUGUUCCAUUUUCCCUCAGGUUUAAAACUUGCUGAACAGUUGUAAUUGUGUUAUAUAGUAUGAUCUCAUUCAUAAUUGACUUUGUUCAUUACACUUGUUCCUUGAUAAAGAAGGUGGAGAUCACUGGCCUCCAAACCUGAUUUCCUUACCUUGUUUGUUUUGUUAAACUCGUUCAUAUCUUCUGGUCUGCACCAAUGUGUAUGAUGAGCGCAUUGGUUUACGUGCUCAUUUUUUCAGCUCCCUGUUCCUUUGAUAUUACUGAUCUUUUGCUUUUUAUAUGUUGGCCUUCUAGACAUGAAGUCUACUUUUAUUGGCAGCUAUUUGAUUCUGACGUAGACUACUGGCACUUCUAGGGUUGACCCAGGGUUUGGAAUUCAACGAAUUACUGACUUUAACUAGCCUGCUGGAAAUGGAAGCCGUGUAUUGUCUCCGUGGAACUUCAUUGCUUUAAAAAACAAGACCAGACUAAAUUGGCUCCCAGAAUUAUGGCCUGUUAUCACAAGGUGGUAUUAGCUUUUUUCAGUUCGGCUAAAUAAUAGGAAAAGUUUUCUUCACUUAAGCAAUAUCCAUGUUGGAUUUCAAGUAAGGGACAUUAAAUUGGUCCUCAAACUUCAAAGUUUCUAACUUUAAGAAGCUUAUUUUUUAAAAAUUAGUUAAAAUAUGUUCAUUAUUCAUUUGUGUCUCUCAGUUUCGUUAAAACAUGAGUGGGACACGGUGGUUCCUAUUUAUGUUUUGGCAUUGUUCUUUGCGGCACGUAUCAAAACAUUUCAAUAAUGAGUCAAGACUUUUUUGUGUAACUGGAAGUACUUUUUUAAUGUACAUGUUUACUGCUUAUAUAGUAUGUUGAUAACUACUUUUACCACCUUUCUCAGCUUAUGUCCACAUGUAAGUUACAAACAUACAAGUGAGAAUUUGUUCCUAGAAAGCCCUUUGGAUGACGAAAGGUUUUUAUACUGCACUUUAUAGUUUUCUUAUGAAUGUAGAAAAAUCAUGUCACAAUGCACAGGUGAUUUGAGGGCUCCCUUGGUAGGCCCUUCUUCUUUUCUUCUCUUCUGUUGUGUUUGUCUGUUAUCUUGCUCUUUCCUUGCUCAAAAUGUCUGUUAUUGUGUCGAUGUUCUUCUCUUUUCUCAAACGUAAGCUAAACUAAAAUGUCAUCAUGCUCGAAGGUGGUCAUGUGUCAAAUUCAGUGCCAGUCGGAUCUUGAAGCAGAUGUCAUUUUGUAAUUACAAGACUAUCGCUUCACCCCCCCCCGGGGCGGUGCUACUGUCAGAAGUGUCUCUAGACCAUUCCGAAAGAAGUUACAUUAACAUGUUCUUAUGCACAGUAGAAUUGUAAAUGGGCUGAUUCAUCAAUGUCAUUCUCACAACUGUGCCCGAACUGCAACAGUGAACUGCUGCUUUUUCUUUCCUAAUCCUUACCAUCGUAAUUUUUCGUCUACUUCUUUUGUAUGUUUGUCACACUCUUGUGACCCUCUAUUUCUGGGGAGCGCAGUAAAAACUCUACUAAAACUAAAAGACAAUCGCAUUUGGUAUUCCUGUAUAAUUGUUAAUUUUUUAAAGCAUAUUUAAACAAUAAUUUAGAAAUUCCUGCUUUUUAUUACAGUUUUAAUUGAGGAAAGUACAUGUACAUUCUACAUCAUGUACUGGUAACUGAAAAAGUUGAUUUUUUUCUUAAUGUGAUAUAUAAAGGGUUUCUUGAAUCUUACCAUCAAAUCAUCUCAUUUGGCCUUCAUUCUAUGCUGAGUUUAUUUCCAAUGAACUAACAUCUGGGUUGUAAUUGUUUAUGCUUUUCACAGAAGACGCGAGUUUGAUUCAGGCCUGGUGAAGUUAUGUUAUAGAAUAUCUCGACCUUAAUAGUAGGAUACUGUAUUCCGCUCAUCUUGGUUAGCCCUGACAGGCAGGGUUGUAAUAGCCUGAGUCUUAAAUGAUCCAAACUGUGUUGAUAGAAGCAUAAAACAUUUACAGCCAUAUUUCUGAGUGGUUCUGAUUGAAGUUGAUGGGGGUUAUGAUGUGAGGUCAUGAGUGGUAAUGUUCUUCUAGUUUUCCCACAGUGUCAAAGAGAGGCUCAUGUUGCAUAUUGUAACUGUGCUAGCAUCUUUGCCUUUUUAGUCAUUUUUAAAGUAGUAAAAUAGUUUAAGGUUGUUAAAUGGAGACAAUUUUGUUUCAAGCCAAAUCUCUUAUGUGUCAAAAUAGUGUUGUGAAAUGCUUCAUUGCAUUAAUUCGUUAAGGACACAAUAUGUUCUGGCCAUAUGACAACGCUUUAAGUUUGAGGCACUUUAAAAAAGAAGCGUAACUUCAUUAUUCACUCUUAUUUUUCUGUCAUAUUUUCUCUAUCUGAACUUUAAAAAGUUGGCAACAACAUGCAUGCCAUGAAAUAUGCAAGGUCGUAUUUCUGAUUCGUGUAGGAUAAUUCAAAAUGUACCUCAACUUUGCCUUUGGUCUGCUGCUGAUCGGACAUAUGUGUCCGCUAUGUCCUCAAAGAGUUAAGUGAUUUAUGCCUGUGAUGCUAAGUAUUGUGGCAGAUCAGUUUCAUUUUGAUUUAGAUAACAUUUUGGCUGUGUGAUGAUAUUAUUCCUGAUGAAAAUGUGCGCAGAAGAUGAAUUACGUUGAUAGGUUGAUCUGGUCUAAGUCAACUUCUAAAACAAGCUAUACUUUUUACACAUUUGUUGCCCUCUCUCCACUUUGUGCUAUUGGCAAUUUGAUGGAGGUCAGGGUCAAGUUUGUCAGUUCUGAAUAACAUUAACUACAUGUAGUUGUGGUGUUUAUCAAGUUUUAGUAUAAGCGAAUACAAUUGAUUAUACUAAUGUUUCAGUGCCAAUUAGUUUUGUAUCAUUGUUGAUAGUUUAGUCGAAAUUUUCACAGUGAUAUUUUUAUAACACUACCUUGUGAUUGAAUGUUCAUGCUAUAUAUAUAUAUAUAUAUUUGUUCUCCAAAUUUAGGUCCAAAACUGAGUGAAAAAAAUAAUUGAAAUACACCACUAAUGAAUUUUAUGACCUCCAUAGGCUCUUCUAUGUAUCGAUAUGGUAAGACUGUAACUCACUCCUUCCUUGAGUAGUGUUGUUAGGGGGGGGGGGGGGGGGUUUACUGAGCACUUUCUGUCUUCCUGUUGAGUUCUCCUGCCAACAAACUAGUCCACCCUUUAAUGUUGUCAGACCAGCUUUUCUUUAUCAUUCUCUUUUUUGACUACCUUCUACAGUUAUGUGUUCAUCCAAACCAUGCGAGUUUUCUCCUUUUUACUGUAGCUUGUAGUGGUUUGUAUGGUUCAAUAUUAUUUUGAAUUGUUGUCCACACAUAAUUUUUUUCUCUUGUUCUCUUUAUAACAGAUACAUAGUAAUUUUUUUAUAUUUUUCAUCUGAAGCAAUGGGAUUUUUCUUUCUGUUUCAGCCAGUAGUGUAGAAACAUGAAAAGGUCAAGGGAUUUGCAUAGUUUGAAUUUGAUUUGGAAGCAGAUCUCGGUGCUCUUCCAGUUUUUGUAAAGUUUUGACAUAUAUAGCUGUUGCUCUUUAUUCUGGCCUUAACUUUGUGGGAUGUUGGUCAAUCUUCUGUAAUCCAUAAGCCAGGGUAUUUGAAUUCAUGGACUUCUUCCAGUUUCACAUUGCUCGUUGUUAUUUUAGCUUGACUUCCUUUGGUAGGGUUGACCAUGAUUUAAAAAUUUUUCCUUUGCUCACCUCCAUUCCAAAUGAGAAAAAAAACCCACACUGUUGUUCAAUUUGGUUGUUAGGGCCUGUAGAGACCUCUAUGAGGUCCUUAUGAUUUUCAAAUUAGAGGUUACAUAUAAUGAUAUAUAUGCUUCACCUCCCAACUGAUAUGGUGGUAUGGUGUUCAUAGAGGUCUUUCAUAAUUCUUUCAAGAAAUAGAUUGUAUAGAGUUGGGAAGAGUCGACAACCUUGUCUUACUCCAGGUUAUGGAAUAUCUCACCCUUUACAUUGUUUAAAAAAGACUGAGUUAUCUGCAUUGUUGUAUAAAGCCUUUAUGUUGUAAUGAGCCCUUAUUCAAUAUUUUUCUCACUUUGGACAUGCCACAGAACCUCAUGUCAGACUCUGUCGAAGGCUUUCGUUGAGGUUGGAGAUGAUUUAGUUUAACUUGGAGCAUUAUAUUGCUUAGGUGGCUAAUGAGUCUGAUACUUCUCAAGUUUUAGCAUUGGUGUUAGUUUCUUUUGUUAGAUAGGGUAAGGGGAUCACAAAGGAUUAGGUCCAUUUUUAAAAGGCUUAUCUGUACUUAAAGGAUUAAAAGUAUUUUUGUUUUUGAUUUUGAGAAAAAUUACAAAUUCUGCUAUGAACCCAGUGAAGUAGUGGUCGGCUAGUGCCAUAAAGACCUGUUUAAAAUAACCGCUUAAACUGUCUAUUUUUUUCUUCUUUUUUUUGGUACAGUUGGUACAGUUCUUAGGUUUGUAAAGUUUGUAUUUGCUUUCGAUGUUGGGAGAAUAAUAUUUUUAGAUGUUAUUUUUAGAUGUUCUUGUCUUAAUUGUAGAUGAUCUGUUGUUCUUGACAGACUUUUGUUUUUUUACUUUUUACUUCCUAUUAUGAGCAACAUCAUCUGCACAUAUUUUACGAGGAUCAGAUCACAGGAAGUGAAAUGUUGAUAUGGCAAUGAAUGCUUAUGUCGUUGUGACUUAUGGUUGUGAAUGGACAGUGAGUCUGGAAAAGUUGUGAAGCUAGUAGAUGCUGCUAAUGUGAAGAUUAGAAAGUGCCAUAUUGUGAAUGGAAUUCAGUAGUCUUUGGGCUUGUGUUCAAAUGCUACAUGCAUGAUUCAGAUGGGAGUGAAUGUACAUUCAUAAUCCCUCGUGACUUGUUCAACUCUUGUUUUAUGUCAUAUGUGCAUGCAUUUUUGUGAUUUCCUUACAAUGGGCCUUAUUUACUAAUGUACAAAACUUUUAGAAAUAAAUUUGAUGUGAACUUCUUGCUUCCUUCAACAAAACUUUUUAAAAUCUGUGUUAAUAGUGCGAAAAGUGUUUUCUGUAAUUUCUAGUUAUGUUUAAAUUGUAUAUUACAUUCAUGUUUUUUAGAGUAGUUUUACACCAAAUAUUCUUUUUAUGUAUUUACAAUGAGAACUUUUGGAUAUGUCAGCAAAUUUUUAAGAAGGCUUACUUUGCAAUGUAGCCUGAUUCUAUGGUGGCAGAUGCAGGAUUUAAGUGUUGUCCCACUCCACUUUGCAUUUACUGAAUAAAGUAUCGUGAGUCGAAAGUUUUUAUAUAAACAACUAAAAUACUGUUUCUUUCUUCUUUUUUGUCAUGAGAGAGAGAGAGAGAGAGAGAGAGAGAGAGAGAGAGAGAGAGAGAGAGAGACAGAGACAGAGACAGAGACAGAGACAGACAGACAGACAGACAAACAGACAGACAUACCAUGAUAUCACAAUGAGUGCUUGUGUAAGUUGAUUUUGUGAUUGUGCUGUAUGUGUGGGUUACUCUUGGUGAACAAGUACAUGUACAAACUACAGCCCUCAGUUAUACAUGUAUUAUAUUAAAUUUCUUGGUAGAUGUUGUUUCAAAGUAACUUCAUAUUUUUUACCGAGUGGAAUCCUGUCAUGUGCUUCAAGAAUGACUUUAGAUUGAAGGUAUUUUUUGAAUACUAUAAAAUUGAUAGGGAUUAUCACUAAAUUGUCAGUGUUAUCAUAUCAUUUGUACGAAUCAGCCACUUUAAAGGAGUAAUUGGAAAGACAAAAAGAUCCUGCAGUUUACCCAAGUGCACAUACCAUUAACAGUAUUCUCUCAGAAAGUGACCAGUCUCCGAAAACUAAAAUUCAAGAAUGUUUUCCCAUUUUCAAUUUUGAGGGAGCCGGCUAGGUAAAUGCCGCCAUCUUGGAUUCUGCUUUUAUGCUUAGUUCUGAAUUGGAAACAUGAAAUCCCUCAAAAGGAUUUGUGACAUGACAAAAUGAGUUUUCAAAAAUGUGUUUUUGAACAUGGAUUUUCUUUCUGUGUAAACCUUUUUUGUACUGUAUAUAGAUAAUAGAUGUGAGUGAAAUAUUAUACAUGUACAUUAUGUUAAGAUACUCUGCAGUGAAUAACAGUCGCCAUUUCCUCUGCAUAUUGGAAGAGUAAAAAUACAUUUGUAACUUUUUUAUAUUUUUACUGUACAAUCAGUUCUUGUGCCAAAGGACAGUUCAUUGUAAGCUUUGUUCAUGAGCUGUAAUAAAGAAACAGAAGGAGGACGUAUGUCUUACUUCAUCAUG